UAAGGCUUCCUCCGUGCACUGAUAUGUGUCUCUCCCUCCUCCUCCUCCCCAGACCUCCCUCCGCGCUCUCCCUCCUCGCCUGGCGAUGAACAGCUGCCUCUGCAUGAAAAGAAGGGACGGCUUUCCACGCCUUACAGAACGCACUAUAAUGCCUGAGGUUCGGGACCUUUCAGAUGCUUUGUCUGACCUGUCUAUGGAUCCCAUCACUGGUGUUGGGGUAGUAGCAUCAAGGAAUAGAGCACCUACAGGCUACGACGUGGUUUCUCAGACAACAGAUGGCCUGGAUGCAGAUCUUUGGAAAGAUGGUUUAUUUAAGUCCAAGGUGACAAGAUAUCUUUGCUUCACGAGAGUUUUCUCAAGAGAAAAUAGCCAUUUAGGGAAUGUCUUGGUAGACAUGAAAUUGAUUGAUAUAAAGGACACGUUACCUGUUGGCUUUAUACCCAUCCAAGAGACAGUUGACACACAGGAAGUUGCCUUUCGAAAAAAGCGUCUGUGCAUUAAGUUUAUCCCAAGAGACUCCACGGAGGCUGCCAUCUGUGACAUCCGCAUCCUGAGCCGCUCAAAACAGGCCCCACCUCAGUAUACGUUCAUAGGGGAGCUGAACAGUAUGGGCAUCUGGUAUCGAAUGGGGAGAGUUCCACGGGCUCCAGAGUCUCCACAACCUUCAACGCCUUCAUCCCCAUCUGCAGUGGUCACAUCUGCAUCUGCUCCAAACCUCCCAAGACAUAUAUCUCUGACGCUUCCUGCCACAUUCCGAGGUAGAAAUAAUACCCGUCCAGACUUUGAAAAUCAGCAGUCCAACCUGUAUGCAAUAUCAGCAAUGGAUGGCGUUCCUUUUAUGAUUUCCGAGAAGUUUGCAUGUGCGUCAGAGGCGAAAGAGGUUUCUUUGUUUCAGAUGCAGCAGGUUGAUCUUUUGGGUAUUACGAUCAAGUCCCUGGCCGAAAUAGAAAAAGAGUAUGACUACAGCUUCAGAACAGAACAGAGCGCUGCUGCCCGCCUGCCUCCCAGCCCUGCCCGGUGCCAACAGAUGCCCCCAUCGUGAGAUCCAGGAAGGUGGCUAAUGCAUUUGGCGCGCACAAGUACUACUGAGCAGAACCCAUUGCUGCUAACCAUAACUUCUAACCCCCUGCCCUGCCGGAGCGGCAGACGUGAAGAGUUGGUGGAGUUUUUUUUUUUGUUUUUUUUUCUAACAGAUUCUGUUUUUUUGUAUUGGUAUUUUGUAUAUAUAGCUACUUAAAAAGAAAAAAAAAAAAUCCCCCCCCUGUUGAGUUGUAUUAUCGGUGCUGAGCCCUCCGGCUCGCAACGCUCCAGUGUUAACCUGUACUAAGUUUGUCUGCACACUUCUAGUCCCUCCAUAGUGGCGGUAUCCAUGAGCAUUCAGGGACAGUGGCAUGUGAUGAUGCGGUAUCGCUUUAGCCAAACACGGAGCACAUACUUCAUCUGUGAUCACAUCUGGCACAUGCCGAAGCCUGCACGUGCUUCAAUAAAAAGUGGAUUGUGCAUGGCAGAGGUGGAGACCCCAUCAUGUUCAUAAAUGUGAUGGUCUUGUGAUUAUUUCAUAGGUUUUAAAGGGGAAGGUCCAAGGUUGAUUUUUUUUUUAUAUAUGAACGGCGCCACUCUUGUACAUAAGGCUUUGCCUGGAAUUGCUGCUCCGCCUGACACCCUUAAAUGGGACCGAGCUGCAAUGCUAGACACAGCCUGUAGACAAGAGUGGCACUGUUUCUGGAAGCAUGCCCUUUUUUCUAUUCUAAACCUGGUCUUGCAUAUAAGAUAAAUGCUGGCGAUUUUGGCAGGACCGUCUGACCAUUGGGGCCCCAUGCGCAUGACUCUAUUCGGUUUGCUCAUAUAGAUCCUGUCCGUGUUGCAUCCACAUUUUCUGCAGACCCAUUGACUUCGAUGGGUCUGCAGUCCACAUUUUGCAGACUUGUAGGACAUGUUGUAUCUGUUUGCGGAGUGGAUAUAUAUGGAUGCGCCAAGCACAUGGCUCAUCCAUGUGCCUUCCGCAUCCAUAUGUCCAUUCCGCAAAAAGAUAGAUUGUGCAAAAUGCGGACCAAGGACCCAUUGAAGUCAGUGGGUAUGCAAAAAAUGUGGAUGCAACACGGGCAGCAUCCGUAUUUUGUAGAUCCACGAUUUGUGAAACCCAAAAAGGACACGAUCAUGUGCAUGGGACCUAACUGUGUAUGGGGACCUCCUGACCCUCUCCUGAUGCCAGAUGUUGGGGAGAUAUAAGGAUUGGGCACUUGGAUUUCAACCACCCUUUUUGUUCUCGUGUAGAGUUGUCUUGCAGCAGCUUUUCCCACUCUUCCUAUUCAGGACACAUGCAUGCUCAGCCAAGCCGAGCUUGCACAUGUAUGUAGGGGCCAAGAAAGGUAGCCAUUUUACCACUAAACACUUUUUGAAAGUGCCCCUGUCUUCAUAUAAGGUUCCAUAUCAGUCCAUGGAAGCCCUCGACAGUCUAUUGAAAUGUCCUAGUGUUUGUAACUCCAGGCUUGAAAGACCUCAAGCCAAUGUGAAAGGGAAGAUACAGUUUCAGAAGAAAAUUAAAGUUCUUAAAUGUUCUUCAGUAGAAUUAUAAAUGGUUGACUACUAUCGUCAAUUCCGUCCUCAUGGUCUCCCUUGGAGACAUCCUUCACAAGUUGCUUUGUAGGGAAUAUAGCACAAUGUCCUCUGAUUUUUCUAGCCAUACUGUCCAAAAAUGUGUGCUUCCCCUUUAAAUGUGAAACUUUCAGCCAUAAACGUGGUAGUAAUGGAAAGCUCUUAGGACCUUGUUCACACAUAUGACCCACGUUAGCAACCCUUCCUCUGAAGUUUCUUCUAUAGAAGCUUGUACAGCACAAAUAGCCUUGGAUGAAGUCAGCAGUGUGUAGUAGACCAUAGGUUGGACAAGUCCCACCCGUCAAUAGUAUAGGUGUUGACAGAACAUAUAUCUUCAGCUGGGCCAUACAUUUGCAAAAUGGACCAAUUUAGCCUAUGUAACUUAAAGGGAUUUUCUGAUAAUACAGAAUUUUUUUUUGCAAGUGGCCACAGCCUGCCCCCUAAAACAGAAGAUUCAUGCUUACCUGCUCCACGCCACCCAGGUCAUCUUCUGAUGCCUGCACAGUUUUCUUCCUGCGGUGCAUGGUUACAUGCACUGCUCUAGACAAUGACUGGCUUCAGCAGUUAUUGUGGCCACCAACGCCACACAUCAGCUGCUGAAGCCAGUCAUUGGCUGGAGUGGUGCAUGUGACUAUGCCCAUUCCACUGCCGGAAGAUGAACGUAGCAAAGGCAGCGUGGAAGACUGGAGCGGCAGGGAGCAGGUAAGUAUGACUCUUCUGUUUAAAGGGGCAGGCUGCAGGCAACUGCUAAAAAAAUAUAAAUAAAUCGGUAUUACCUGAAAACCCCUUUAACAUCAAGACCUUCAGUUUUGUUAGAAAUGACUUGUGUACACAACGUUGUAUUAUCUGUUGAAAUUCAUUAGUCCUACCCCCAUAGCUUAAAGAGCACUAUUUUGGGCAUUGGUUGGGUACAGUUAGUGCCCAUAGAUUUUGGAGUUAAGCUGACCGUUUAAAUUACAUGAAUGUUGGCCAAAGCCUCCUAUUUAGGCUCGACCAAUCAACCAUCUAAUGUACAUGGGGACCCUCCAUGAAGGCAAAUAUUGAGGGAGACAGAUUGGCUGUUGGAUUUCGACACGCCCGUUCCUUUUGUUCUAAGAUGAGAUAAGCUGCUGCCAGGGGUAUGGGACAGGGGCUUUCUCCUCAUUAGAACACAGCCAUGCUUGGCUGAGCCAAACAUGCGUGUAUAGGGGGGGAUAGCUGUCGGCCAAACAUACACAUUAGAUAGCUCAAAUCCUUGGCCAGCCUAAGGGGCAUAGUCAUUGAUCAGACUUCAAUUCCAGAGUUUGUGCACGUGGGCUGUCCUCAGGAUAGGCCAUCACUAGCUGAUUGGCGGGGGUGAAAGGUGCCGGACCAGUGCCAAUCAGUUUUUUGUGUAGUUCUAUCGCCAGAGCUACAGAGUAUCAUCAACAUUGUAGUGUACAGCACUCGUCACUCACGUCUAUGGGAGCAGUGCUGCAGUUGACGAUAUCCUGUAGCUUCGGUGACAACUUCUGAUGGCGGUGUUACACAGAAGAGCUGAUCGGUGGUGGUGCGUAAUGCCGGAUAUUCACCGUUCAGCUAGUGAUGGCCUAUUCGGAGGAUAGGCUAUCACUUAAAACAGGCUUAAAGUGUAAUUCUCAUUAUUUUUUUUUAUUUUUGUAAUGUAUAGGGGCAGUGAUACUGACCAUUUUUGUAAUAUAUUUUAA